UCUUACCGGACCACCUCUUGCAGUGGUUGCAAUGUUGAUUUUACUUUUAUUUUCGGCAGUUUUCUUCGUCGAAACUGCCCAGAUAACAAAAGACAAAGAUUCCGCAGCGCCCAAUCAGUCGACAACGUUCAACCCGCACAGUGCGCUGGUGAAUUGUUCCUUUCUUCCCGAGGAGUUCCUGGACUGCGAAGAACCGUACAACCAUAAAGGAAACCGUACGGCCAAGGAGGAGCUUGGCUACGGAUGUGUGAAAAUCGGCGGCGUCUACUAUGACGAGGUCGAAGUGACGAAGGUGAAGUGUGUCGUGUUCGAAAAUAUCGAGUGUUUUGGUCCACGGGAAUUUUGGCGUGAUGGAUUUCCCUGCGUGAAGUACACGGAUCACUACUUCGUAACGACACUGCUGUACAGCAUUCUGCUCGGUUUCCUGGGCAUGGAUCGGUUCUGCCUAGGGCAGACCGGUACGGCCGUGGGAAAGCUGCUAACCCUGGGCGGUAUUGGCAUUUGGUGGAUCGUGGAUAUCGUCUUGUUGAUCACGAACAAUUUGUUACCCGAAGAUGGCAGCAACUGGAAUACGAAAGUUUGAAGCAGCUUACGAAGAUAGAUGGUCGAACGUGUUAUACCUUCCCUCUGGGAGGUCAGCAGAUUAUAUUGAAUAAACGAAGGCUGAUCGGUUGUUAAAAUAUAGAUUGUAUUCCAUUAGUUGAUCAUUAGAAAAACAACAUUAAAUUAUCUAUAAAACUAUAUAUUUACAGGACGCGGUUUCCUUGUACUCAGCAAUGAGUGAAAUUAAUUAAGCUUAAGAAAAAUGAACGCAUACAAAAUACAUAAGUUUCGAGAAUAA